AUGCACCUUGCAUCAACACGGCGCUGGGGGCGGCUGCCAGGAGGUGCUGGCGGGUGCCCCAGGAAACCCCGCACGCAGCCCGAGGCGUAUCAGACGGGCCCCGGGUGGCAGCCAUGGCGGAGCUGGCACCUGCUCGGGAGGAAGCACCGCUUCAGCCCUCUGACUUCCUCCACGCCGCCCCCACAAGCAACGGAGAAAAGCUCCUACCUGGAGACCACAGAGAUCUCACUCUGGACCGUGGUGGCUGCCAUCCAGGCCGUGGAGAAGAAGGUGGAGUCCCAGGCCGCCCGCCUGCUGACUCUGGAGGGGCGGACAGGGACGGCCGAGAAGAAGCUGGCCGACUGUGAGAAGACGGCCAUGGAGUUCGGGAACCAGCUGGAGGGCAAGUGGGCCGUGCUGGGGACCCUGCUCCAGGAAUACGGGCUGCUGCAGAGGCGGCUGGAGAACGUGGAGAACCUACUGAGGAACAAGAACUUCUGGAUCCUGCGGCUGCCCCCGGGCAGCAAGGGCGAGGUCCCCAAGGUGCCCGUGACCUUUGAUGACGUGGCCGUGUAUUUCUCUGAGCUGGAGUGGGGCAAGCUGGACGAGUGGCAGAAAGAGCUGUACAAGCACGUGAUGAGGGGCAACUACGAGAUGCUGGUCUCCCUGGAUUAUGCCAUCUCCAAGCCGGACAUCCUCACCCGGAUGGAGAGGGGAGAGGAGCCUUGUCCUGAAGGCCUGUGGGGCGGAGAGGAAGGGAAUGAGAGAGAGGAAGCGUGCCCCCAGAGGCCAGGCGCUGGCCUUCCUGCGUACCCAGAGCAGAUCCCCAGCCUGGUCAGCCCUGCCCAGGAGGAGCCAAAAGAAGAUCAGGCCCUGGAGCACCAGCAAGACUGGGAAACAAGGGUGACCCCGCCGGAAACGGGCACUGGGCCCCCAACUGGCGUCAGCAUUUUGCCUUCAGUUAAACAAGAGGAAGACUCUUCAGAUGGGGAGUCACCAACCUGCCCUCCCAGGGACAUCCUGCCCAGCUUGGGGCCAGGGGGCGGCGCUGUGGUCAUCAAGACAGAAGCACCAUCCGAGGACGAGGACGAGAUGACGCUGGAGCCGCCCUUCCCCGGGGCAUCCCCGAGCCGGGCCGCGUGUGGAAUCCCCAAAGGGCCCAGGAGCAGGACCGGGGGUUCUGGCCAGCUUCACGCGGGGGGCGUCCCCCGGGCGCGGGCAGGGGACCCCCGGCCCACGGGGGCCGGGGCCCAGCCGCCCCGCGUCCUCCCGCGUCGUCGAGAGCGGGCCUUCCCCUGCCCUGACUGCGGCCAGAGCUUCCGCCUAAAGAUCAACCUGACCAUUCAUCAGCGGAGCCAUGUGGAAGAGGAGCACCGGGAGGCCCAGGGUGGCUCGCCCACCGGGUGGGGGGACGCGCACUCGACAUUGGAGCCGGGGGAGGUGGUGGUGCCCGGCCCAGUCAUCCGCUGGCUCCCCGAGCGCGAGAGCCGGCGGCCUUUCGCGGGGCGGAGGCCGGCGGCCGCCAAGGUGUACCACUGCAGCGAGUGCCUGCGCUUCUUCCAGCAGCGGAAGAGCUUGCUGCUGCACCAGCGCCUGCACACGGGCAACAGUCAGGGCUGGCCCGCCUGCCCCUACUGCGGCAAGGCCUUCCGCCGGCCCUCCGACCUCUUCCGGCACCAGCGCAUCCACACCGGCGAGCGGCCCUACCGGUGUUCCCAGUGCGGCCGGGCCUUCAACCGCAACCACCACCUGGCGGUGCACAUGCAGACGCACGCCCGGGGCCAGGUGGGCCCGCCCUGUCCCGGGCCCCCCGCGCUCCUGGGGAGCCCGCCGCGGCCCCGGCCCAGCCACUUGGAGGAGGGCUGA